AUGCUGCAGUGGUGCUUUCAUUCCAGUAGCAUCGCCUUCGAAUCAGAAGCAUCGGCCAUGGCACGCAAACGCAAGGCGUCUAUCCUCGGCAGUGUUCGCCGACGCUUGUUGCGCUUCGGGCGCUUCUAUCAAUAUCGGUCCACGGGCAAGGCGCUGGACGAUUUUGCCGGGUUGUGGCUGGGAGUCUUCCGGCAGUCGGCCUUGCCCAAAGAUGCCAUGGAGGUCCUAUGCAUCCUAACGUCGGCGCACAAGUCGGUUCCGUUCAAGACCCCGAAGUCCGAUAUACCUUCCCUGUGGAAGAGUCGGAUUCAAGCGUUGCUGGCCGCCAAGGGCGCUGCCACCUUCCGGUUCACGCCAGAUGAAAUGAUCACCGCGAUCCAACGUCUUGGCUCCUUGCGAGCCGCGGAUGCUGUGGAGCUA